AUGACAACCCCGUUUUGUGAAUCCGAGUCACGCCGACCGAAAUACCGUCCCUCUUUGCCGUCCCCGCUUCCUUUCUCCCUUAAGCAGGUUAUAUCCUCCAUGGGCUCCAAUUCAUGGCUUCACCGCUUCCGGCGUCUUGAUGCCUACGCAAAAACAUUAGACGACUUUCGUAUACGAACCGCCACUGGUGCCACAGUGGUCUUCAUGUUUAGGCUGACCAGUGUUCAUCGGUUAGUCAGCCUCAUCAGUGCGAUCGUGAUCGCUGUGCUGGUUAUUUUCGAAGUUGGUAGAUACCUCACGCCAGAGAUGCAUUCAGCUAUUAUCGUUGACGGCGGAAAAUCGGAAAAACUCCCCAUCUCUUUCGAUAUCACGUUUCCAGAACUUCCAUGUUACUUAUUGAGCUUGGAUGUGAUGGACGAAAGUGGCGAACACAUCAGCGGUUAUGAGCACGACGUGACAAAGGUUCGAUUGGACGCCGCUGGAAAAGAAAUCACAAAGGAAAAGGCCAAAAGUCUGAGCAAUACACUUCCUGCACAGGAUGUCUUGGCCUCUGAUAAGUCCAGCUGCGGCGAUUGUUAUGGUGCAAAUCCAAAAGGCGUAGCCAAUCCAUGCUGUAACACAUGUGAAGAUGUCCAGACGGCUUAUGCCGAUAUGGGAUGGGCAUUCAAUCCAGAUACGGUUGCACAAUGUAUUCGAGAGGGAUGGAAGGAAAAGAUGGAAUCUCAGUCGCAUGAAGGAUGUCGCAUGCAUGGCCGUCUAUUAGUGAACAAAGUGCGCGGUAAUUUCCACUUUUCACCUGGCCGAGCUUUUGCGCAUGGUGCGGCUCAUGUUCACGACGUUCGAUCCUAUCUGGCCGCCAAUCAUAAUUUCAAGCAUUCUAUUCAUCAUCUUCAAUUUGGCGAUCAAGGUUAUCAAUUGUACAAACAGAAGCGCACCAAAUCAUCUGGUUUGACCAAUCCACUUGACGGUACCGAGUGGGGUUAUCCAAAAGCCACCAUGAUGUACCAAUUCUUUUUGAAAAUUGUCCCUACACAAUUUGACUAUUUGAACGGCCGUUCUCUGCGUACUUUCCAGUAUUCCGUCAGUCGCCACGAGCAAGAUCUAGCCCAGCAACCGCAGGGAGGAUUACCAGAACGUCGGAUAUCUUUUGCCAGCUUUAUGACCAGCCUUUGUGCCAUUGUGGGAGGCAUUUUCACCGUGGCCGGUAUCGUUGAUGGCAUUUUAUACAGAGCAGAACGAACAUUUGGGAAAAAGGCAGAAAUGGGAAAGCAUCUGUAA